AUGAAGCUUUCUUGUGGUACAAGUUUUUCGUUCUUAAUUCUGUUUCUUCUUGCGGGACAAUAUGUGCAUGUCUAUGCGGGUAGCUUCCACAAAGACGUUCAGAUACAUUGGGGUGAUGGCCGCGGAAAGAUUCACGACAAAGAUGGAAAACUUCUUUCUCUCUCGCUCGACAAAUCCUCUGGAUCCGGUUUUCAGUCUAACCAGGAGUUUCUCUAUGGCAAAGCCGAGGUUCAAAUGAAACUUGUUCCUGGUAAUUCAGCUGGAACAGUAACAACAUUCUAUCUAAAAUCGCCGGGAACUACGUGGGAUGAGAUCGAUUUCGAGUUCUUGGGAAACAUAAGUGGUCAUCCGUAUACUCUCCAUACUAAUGUUUACACAAAAGGCACAGGAGACAAAGAACAACAAUUUCAUCUAUGUUUUACGGUUGAUGGAAUUCCUAUUAGAGAGUUCAAAAACUCUGAGGCAAUUGGAGUUCCGUUCCCAACGAGACAACCAAUGAGGCUCUACGCGAGUCUCUGGGAAGCCGAGCAUUGGGCAACAAGAGGAGGAUUAGAGAAAACAGAUUGGUCAAAAGCUCCUUUUACUGCUUUCUACAGAAACUACAAUGUCGAUGGAUGUGUAUGGGCUAACGGAAAAUCAUCAUGUUCCGAGAAUUCCCCAUGGUUCACUCAAAAACUCGAUUCAAACGGCCAGACAAGAAUGAAAGGUGUACAAAGUAAAUACAUGAUCUACAACUAUUGCACCGAUAAAAGAAGGUUUCCUCGCGAUGUUCCUGCAGUGUGCACUUAA